AUGGAUAAACACGAAAGUGAGACGAAUACCCAACAACGGCCGGCCGCGGCAAUGCCUCCUCCAUCGGGGCCGCCGCAAGGUGUACCCGUGGGAGCACAGCGGGCAGACUCAAUCUCGAUGUACACAAACUUCAACGCCCCAAGGCUGUCGACGGACGCGUCGCUGUCGUCGUUUCUAAAUAUCGCGGAGGGCCAGCAGCAGCAACAACAACAGCUCCAGCAACAGCAGCAAGUACAUCAACAGCAACAGCCCCAGCAGCAGCAGGCUGGAGGGCAACUGCAGCCUCAACCACAAGGCGUGCGCCAGGAUCUCGGGCCCUACAGUCGUGGAUACUCCAUAAUAAACAACUUUUGGCCUGCGGCCGGGGCGCCCGCGGGCGCCGGUGUGGGAGGUUCAGGAAUCGCAGGUGGGCCAAUGGGACCCGAGGCCGGGCAGUUCACGGUGAUGCGCCGCCAGAGCGAGCAAUUGGAGCCUUUUAUGCCACGAUUCAAGACCCCCAGCUUCUCGUCCGGGCGAUCCGGCCCCAGCCAGCUCCAGCAGCCAGUGCCACCGCCCAGCGGUCGACCAGACAUGAUGCCAGGCUCCAAGCGUAACUCUAUUUUCUUUGGGACUAACGACCCCCCCGAUCUAGACAUUUUCAAUCCCAAUUCGAAGCGCGACUCCACCGUAAUGAUGAAACCCCCUCACAUCCUGCCGCAACGUGGCAGUUCAACAAACAGUACUUCCAGUGCUCCACAAGCUACGAACGUGGCUGGCUCUAAUCCCACCCCGGCGUCCGGCCAAGAGUCGGACUUAGACGCGCUUUUCAGCCAAGGCUUGUCCUCUAGGAAGAAUUCGAUGAAAUUUUCCGGUGAUGACUUCGAUUUCCAGUUCAAACGUCGUGAUUCAUCAGUGCGUGCUACACUUGAUAAUCAGGGCUAUAUGCCACACCCGAUCGCCGCCAAUUCUGGCAAGCAAGCUCCAGAUCAGCUGAAAAAGAGCUCAGGGUCGGAAUCACCUAUGCACAAACCCGAUGAUGACGUUGAAGCGCGCAUCCACAAGCACUUGACGCCCAUGUUACAACAAGACAACAUAGAGCCGGACUCCAAGGACCUCAAGGGACCCAGACCUGACACAAAAAAGCGAAAAAUCGCGAGUCCCAAGGACGGAGAAUCCAAUGCGGACUCUAUGAAGGAUUUGGUAGGGCUACUAGAUUCCAAGGACUCAAUUCUGGUGGGCGAUGACGGCAGGCCGCUUGUUGGUGCCACCAAAGUCGAUCAACUUAUGCUUGUCAUUCAAGCUCGCAAGAAGGGUGUUACAGAUAAGGUUCCGCGUGCUGCAGACGGGUCGCUUUUGUUAGAAAGUGCUCCUGUGAUUAUUCCGCCUGCAAGUGAGCUAGUAGGUGGCGUGGAAAAACCGAAAGCGCGAGGAGUUAAACAGCACGAAUGCCCUUAUUGUCACAAAUGCUUCACUCAAUCUACACAUUUAGAAGUUCAUGUUAGGUCCCACAUUGGUUACAAACCUUUCCAAUGCGAGUAUUGUGGCAAGAGAUUUACACAGGGUGGUAAUUUGAGAACUCAUGUCAGGUUACACACGGGCGAAAAACCUUAUGAAUGUGAGAAAUGUGGUCGUCGUUUUUCUCGAAAGGGGAAUUUAGCAGCACAUAAACUUACUCAUGAAAAUCUGAAGCCCUUCCAUUGCAAAUUAGACGGUUGCAAUAAAAGUUUCACUCAAUUGGGAAACAUGAAGGCUCAUCAAAACAGAUUCCAUCUCCAGACUUUGAAUGAAUUAACUCAAAGGCUUGCAGAAAUGGAUCCCAACGAAAAUAUUCCUCCCGAGGAAAAAGAGUUGCUGGAGUAUUUUGCCGAUCUUUACAAAAACUCUAACAGGGGUAUUAAGGGCAGAGGUAAAGGUAACACGCGAGUUGCACCUGCAGCCAGCCCUGUAAUAAAAUCCUCUCACUCUACACCCAACAAUGCCGUGUUAAUAAGCAAGCCGCAAAAUCAAGAGGCUACUUUAGUGGCCGCCAAAGCUCUAGGUUCUAAUAAACCGCUCGACGGCGCAUCCCACCCAGAACUUACUUAUAAUCUAUGCACUCCAUCAAGUGAAAAUGGUAAUACUGCUGUAGACGACAACGGGAGCGACCCUUCAAAUGGUCAUACCGUACCACAACAGAAUGAGUUUACAUUUUCACUAGAUCAAAACCAUUCCCACGGUGCGUCGGACAUGCACUUUAAGGACGUGUCUUACCAUAGUUAG